AUGUAUUUGCGGCAUGUAUUCUUAAACUUGAAAUCGAUUGUUUAUCUACGUCCUCAAACAAUCGAAAAAUUUGUUCGUCGUUCUUUGACAUAUCAAAUUGAUAAACAUGAAAAAUCAAAUGAAAAAAAUAAUGAAGAUAAAGAAAAAAAUGAUGCUAAACUACUUAAAGAAACAAAAGACUUUCGGAAAGCACAUGAAAAAGCUGAAUGGGAACGAUUAUCAUUUAUUGAGAAAAUAGUAAAAAAAUAUUUUCCGUCUGGUAUUAAUUCACUUGCUAUUUUUAUUCUUGCUGGUGUUAGUUAUGUCAUUGUUGAGCAAAUAAAAAAUGAUUAUGAAAUUAAACAAACAUUUCGUAAUGGUUCAUGUCCAAAUUUUAAAUUUAGAGAAGAACAAUUAUUCGAACGAAAAGAAAUAUUAGAUGAACUUUCAUCAAUUAUUAAACCUGUUGCAAAUAAACUUGUUUCAUCAUAUUAUAUUGUAGUUGGUGAUCAUGGAACUGGAAAAACAACAUUAAUUCGUCAAGCAGCAAGACAAGCUGGUCGAGGUGUUAUCUAUGUUGAUAUUCCAUAUAAUGUUGAAAGAUUUGGUAGUGCUUUUGCACGUUCAAUAAAUUUUAAUUUCAAAGAACAUAUUCUUUUAUCAGCAUGGAUUGAAUCAAAAAUGUUUGGUUCACCACCUGAUGAUGGUAAACAAGAAAGUUGGGAACGUGUAUUAGCUACAUUUGAAAAAUACGCAAUUGAUUUUAAAAAAAGAUAUGGUUGUGUACCAAUAUUAAUCUUUGAUAAUUGUGAUUCACUUGCAAAGAAAGAUAAAAAAAUGCUUGAAAUAUUACAAGAUGUAGCAAAAACAGCUAUUGAUGAUUCAACUUGGGUCACAAUAUUUGUUGGAUCAGUUGGAGAAGCACCAGAACAAAUGGACGGUCGAAGUAGUAUUACUCGCGCUGCAUCAUUUAUCGAAAUAACAGAUCUGUCAGAAACAGAAGCAAUAACUUAUUUAACAGAAAAACGAAAUCUAUCAAAAGAUAUGGCGAAAAAUAUUUAUGCACUUUUUGGCGGACGUUUUAAGCGUUUACAAAAUGCCGCAAGUAAAAUCGAAAGUGGUGAAUCAUUUUCUAAUAUUCGAUUAUCAACUUUAAAUAGUAUAGCACGUCGAAUAGAAAAAAUUCGAUGUCGAGUUAGUAGUCAAGAAGAACAAUUUAUCCUUAAUAUUCUUUGUGGUUUAUUAUAUCGAUCUGAAUUAACUGUUGAUGAUUUAAUUGAAAUGGAAAAAGAUCCUAAUAUAAGACAAAAGGUUUUAGAAGAACUUCGUAAUGAAACAAUUCUUGCUCAACAUGUUACAACUGGUUCAUAUGUAUUUCAUGAACAAGCAACAAAAGUGUGCACUAAUGAAUUUUAUAAAGAAAAAAAAUGUUUUUCUUGUAAAUGGAUCAUAGAUAUGAAAUUCUAA